AUGUUGAGCACAAACUUUUCAAUUAUUGAUUAUCUGGUGUUUGGCUUUCUAUUGACGGCCUCAUCACUAAUAGGAGUAUACUUUUGGUGGAUCACCCGAAACAAUGCCACAAACAGUGAAUUCUUGACCGGCGACCGAAAGCUCGGUAUGUUUCCGGUAACACUGUCAUUGGUGGCCAGUUUUAUGUCGACAAAUACCAUAUUGGGAGCACCGGCUGAAGUAUUUCAAGUGGGCACACAGUUUCUCCUACAAAACAUUGCCAUUGUUUUGUCAAUUAUAUUAGCAGCUGAAGUAUUUAUGCCUAUAUAUUAUAAACUGGAUGUCAUCAGUAUUCAUGAAUAUUUGUCACAACGAUUUAAUUCUAAAUAUAUACGCUUAGCCGGAACAGUUGGUUUCCUGUUGGCCACAGUACCAUAUAUGGCAGUGGUAUUAUACGGUCCUUCACUGGCAUUGAGCUCAGUAACCCCACUAUCCAUACCUACGUGCAUAUUAGUUGUUGGACUUAUUUGUACAUUUUAUACAUCAAUUGGUGGUAUUAAAGCAGUUAUUUGGACAGAUGUCUUACAGUGUAUACUCAUGUUUUUGGGUGUACUUAUGGUCAUUAUUCAGGGUAUUAUUGAGUCAAAUGGUUUGUCGGAGAUUUGGCGUAUCAAUGAAGAGGGCGGUCGACUAAUAUUUUUUAAUUUUAAGUUUGAUCUGUACAAUCAUAAUAAUAUAUGGAAUGUCGUGUUUGGCACAAUUAUCUAUUGGACGGCCGUCUAUUGUGUUAUGCAAACACAAGUGCAAAGAUAUUGUAGUAUGAAAUCACCGCAAUAUGCCCGACGAACUUUGUAUUGGAAUCUACCUGGCCUUAUUAUAUUUGCCGGUAUGUCCAUAAUGUGCGGUACAGUACUAUAUGCCAAAUAUCAUGGCUGCGAUCCACUGACACUGGGCCUAAUUGAACGCCACGACCAAUUGAUGCCGUAUUUUGUGAUGGACACACUGGCCAAAUAUCCGGGCCUACCUGGCCUAUUUGUUGCUUGUGUAUUCAGUGGUUCACUAAGUACAUUGUCGUCAGGAUUCAAUGCACUGGCAGCUGUCACUUGGGAGGACCUAAUCAAAGAUCAUAUCAAAUUGAAAAACGAAAAACAAGUUCUAACUGUUACCAAAAUAAUUGCUAUGUGCUAUGGCCUACUGGCAAUUGCCAUGUCAUUUGGUGUGGGCAAUUUAGGUACUGUAUUACAAGCGUGUAUGGCACUAGUAGGCUCAAUGGUCGGUCCAAUAUUAGGAUUAUAUUUGCUAGGAAUUUUUUAUAGACGAGCUACAGCACCGGGUGUAUUAAUAGCAUUCAUAUUGGGUGUAUUGAUUAGUUUGUCGCUAUCGAUUGGUUCGCUAGUAGUUCCCCGACCCAAGGUAUCACUGCCCACCACUUUAGACAACUGUCCCGAUGAUGUUAUACAAUAUGCUCACAAUAAAUUUGGUCAAUUUUUGCCUAAUUCAACAUAUCUUCUAUCGUAUGACAAUCCAGAAGGAAUUGCCAAAUUUUUUCACAUAUCAUAUCUAAUAUUAUCGAUAAUCGGUUUUGUGGUAACACUAGUGUUGGGUAUAAUACUAAGUUUAUGUAUUGGUAAACCUGUGAAGACAAUCAAUGAGGAACUGAUGUUCAGCUUUAAAAAAGCAAAUAAAGAUUAAUUUUAAGAAAUUAAUAUAUA